GCAGCAGUUGCUGCUGGCCGCCGGGACGCCGGGUACGGAUGCUAUGUCACCAAGCAGACGACCUUCGCCGCCGACGAUGCCACUAGCACACCUACCGCCUUCGUUGCACCUCCUCCAUUGCGGCCUUCCGCCGCCUGGUUCGAGGUUGCCGCCUCCUCUGCCCCCGCCGCCGCCUCCGUUGCCGCCGCCGCCAUCCGUCUCACAUCCGUCUAUGUCGCCGACCGCCCAAAAGCAUUACUCCGUGUCCUCCGGCGGGAAUUCCGUCGGCGUGACGAGCACCGCGAACUCGCCGCCUAGAAGCCUGGACUCCCAUCUGACGGUAUCGCCGUUGAACAGACUGCAGAGCAUGCAACCAUUCGACUUCCGGAAGCUGAGCACCCUCAGUCUACCAACGUUCACACCUCUAGCGCCUCCGCUGUCUACGGAGCAGCUGUUGCAGAACAGAAAAUCCAUGAGGAACCCCCAGAGUCCGCACAGUCCGCCCCAUCACUCGAGCAGCAAUCACCUUCAGAGGCAUCAUAUGCCCCCGGUGGCCCCAGUCUCCACAUCCGCGCUCAAUUUCGGACAUCCUCUGUCAGUGGCGGUGUCCUCCGGCGCCCUGCCACCCAGUUUCCCCGCUCAUUUUCCACACCCACCAAUGGGCAAAUCCUCCGUGUGCGUGACCGGGAUGACGAUCCCCUCGGACGUGCACAGCGGAGGCGAGAAGAGCAGCGAGUUCGGCUCCGAGGAGGACGAGGACGACGACGAGAACUCGGACAGCGCCCUGAACCUCAGCAGACGCGACUCCGCGUCGAAGCACGCCGCCGAGCACCACCGGCACCAUCCGUCGUUACCCCUCCAGGCUGCACCCCUGGGAAGGCCACCAGGUAUACCGGGGAGGAAACCGCACUCACCUGGGAAACGACCGGGCAGCCAAUGGGGCGGCUCGGCCAACAUACCACCAAACCUCGGAACGCCGUUCAUCAAUCCUACCACCGGCAAGAAGAGGGUGCAGUGCAACGUCUGCCUCAAGACCUUCUGUGACAAGGGCGCCCUGAAGAUCCACUUCAGCGCGGUGCACCUGCGCGAGAUGCACCAGUGCACCGUGAAAGGGUGCAGCAUGAUGUUCAGCUCGAGGAGGUCGCGGAACAGACACAGCGCCAACCCGAAUCCCAAGCUCCACUCGCCGCAUCUGCGGCGGAAGAUCUCGCCGCACGACGGUCGCUCGUCGAUGGCCCACGCCCUGGUUCUGCCGCCCCAGGUCGGGCUACCGGUCCCAGGCACUGGUCUGAAUCACCUGCCCUUUGGAUCGUUUCCGUUAUUGACCCCGCCGCCCGACCUUCGAUCGCCAGCCUCGUUGUGCGCCUUGGACUUCAAGCAUCUGGACCUCUCGUCCAGCCAGAACCAGGGCAGGCCGUACGACGAGACGCUCCAGCAGCGAAUGAGCGCGAGCGCGAACCUCUCGACGACGACUGUACUAACCACCGCCACCGUGGCGAUGACCACCGCCGCGGAAACGCAGAGCGCCGCCACGAACAGAGGAUCCUACUCGAGCGGCAGCGCAGUGGACACCGUGUCGCCCUCCACACAGGCCUCGACCGCAGCGCCGGAGGGCGACGAUGAGGAGGACGACGACGACGGGGGCAUCGUGGUGGUGGCGGAGGACGACGCUAGCAACCUGCCCUCGAGGCUGCUCCUCCGAUCCGGGGAGGAGGACGACGAGCAACCGGCCGACUUCAGUCUGGCGAAACGACCGAAAUUGUACUUCGGCGAGACCGCGGACGAGGACCUGGUGAGCAACCCGGACAGCAACGAGGACAACGACUCGAUGGGCACGAUCGACCAGCACAGCUUCACCAUGAGCCAGCACUCCAUGAACUCGACGUCGUUGCACAACAGAGGCGUCAGGAAGAGAAAGUCCCAGCAUCCGACUCGGUGCGCCGUUCUCACGGAGAUGCACUCCUCGUCUACGGACGGGGACUCGUCCAACGACGAGGAAAGGGUGCAGAGACGCUGUCUGACGGACGGCGCGGCCGUCACGUCGAUGAACGACUUUCAGAGUCAGCCAGAGGACAUGUCGAUGUCCCGGCUGGAGGCGGAGGAGCGAAAGGCGUCGCCGAACUCGCCCAAGAACCUCGGCUUCAACGACCAGGAGUCCAGCUCCCGUUCGCCGGAAGCCUGCACCAGGGAGACCAAAGCCUCUCAGGACCACGCGGAUGAUCUACCUCAGGACGAGCCUCGGGAUCUGAGCUCAAGAGCGAGCAGCGUCAAGUCGCCGAGAAGACAGAUCAGUCCGGAACCAAAGACGGCCCACGACGCAGCGGAGGCUCGUUCCGCGGAGGCGGCGGUUCCCGCGGCCACGAGGGAGCCCUGCCCCGCGGAGCAGACCGACAGGAUCAAGGUCGAGUGCGAGGACACGACGAGGGAGGACGAGUCGAUGAGACCGUCCGUAAAGAAAGAGUCCGAGACGGAUGAUAAGUUAAAGGAUGAGGUGCACCAGGAGGAGGAUGAUGAUGACGAUGAUGAACCGAUGGAGGAGGUCGAGGAGGAUGGGGAGGAUGAGGAGGUGAACGACGCGCUGCGUAAUCAAGAAGGUGAGCGUCCCGAUGAUCCCUCCCGUGCCCCGAGCUCGGUCGAUAGCCGUCCGACGACAGCCGACGACCUCUCCCACGACUCCUCGACCAACACUUUGCGUCAACUCGAGUCCUUGUCGCAGGGUCGCGCGAUGCAGUACGCCGGGAUGCAGCGGGCGGGUUCGAGGUCUGGCCGCGGCUCUACCAGCCCCGUCAGCCUCACGACGCACCAGGAGACCACCAUGGACAACUCCUCACGUGGCUCUCGUUCAUCCAGCGCCUCACCCUCCACAGCGGCCAUGGAUACGGACAAUAGCCUGAUCACCUAUGCUCGAUACGAGAACGGCGGUUUCAUCAGUACCCAGGAGGUCCCGUUGGACCGGGACAAUCCUCGCCGUUGCACCGCCUGCGGCAAGGUCUUUCAAAACCACUUCGGCGUCAAGACCCACUAUCAGAACGUGCACUUGAAGCUGAUGCACCGUUGCAGCGUGGACGGUUGUAACGCCGCUUUCCCCUCGAAGAGGUCGCGCGACAGGCACUCGGCGAACCUGAACCUCCAUCGGAAGCUAUUAUCCACCUCGUCGAGCCCGCCCCUCUCCUCCAGCCUGCCGCCCAGCCUGUCGCCCAGAGUCGACGACUCACAGAUGAACCCUCUACUGCACAACGAGUUCCUCGCGAGACUGUACGCGGACGCCGGCAUCGGUGCGCUGGGUGCCUAUCCCCUGACGCCUGGACUACCCUCUGCCGUCGAUCUCGCCGCAAGGAUACCGCCCCCGCAUCCACUUUUGCUGCCUCCUCACCUGGGCGCCACGUUCUCGGGCCUGUCCUCGUUCGCCUCCCAUCUGGCUGGCCUGAACGGGCUCACCCACCAGCAUCUGAACCAUCUGACCAGGAUGUCCCAGGAGCAGGGCAACAGACACGCGUCCGCCUCGGGCUCGCCGUUGUCCUCGCCGGGUUCCGAGGAUCGGAAGGAAGAGGCCAGAUGCACGGUACCCGGCUGCGAUCGGGUCUUCGGCUCCAGGGCCGUCAGAGACGCUCACUCCAGGGACCCACAGGCCCACCGAGAUUUACCGGUUCUGUCGACCAGUGGCUCGUGACCGAUCCCCUUUUGCGGCCGCGACUACUA